UGCCUGCCGUUAUUUUGAUUUUUACUUGGCUAGGCUCUGGCUAAAAGAAAAUGGUCUAGGAUGGGACAAGGAGAUUUUGGCGAGCCGAGAAGUAACUCUUUUGCUCCCAACUACUCUGUCUCCCACAGCCCAAACUUUCAAGUUUCAUCCUUUUCUUGCUGCCCUCGAGGGGCGUAAAUUUGGUGGGAUGGGGGAAACAGGCAGUCCGCUUGGCUUUCCCUCUGCCCCUGGAGAAGAAUUUUGAAUGCAAAGAGGUGGGGUUGCGGAGGAUCUGUCCUUAAGGGCUCUUAAGGGUUGGACCCAGAGACGGGAGUGAAGGGAGGGAGUGGUCCGCGGGUGGGAUCUGUCGAGCAGACAAAAUGUGGGGCCCCUGCCCCUUGAAAUUUAACUUGUCUCUUACUGAGUGAGGAGCAAGGCGUCCCUAGUACGCCUCGCCCCCCAGCCCAUCCCUCGCAGGGCACGAAGAGGAGAGAACAGCGACCAGGGUAAGAGUGGGCAGAGGAAAAAGCGAGACAUGUUCUCCAGCAAACAGCCCCCUGCCCUGGCUCGGGAAGAGCGCUACCGUCCAGCCCGGGGUCCGGAGCAGGUCUUGGGAGCUGUUGACAAUACCAUGGGUGAUGGCUGCUCUCAGAAGCUGGCAACUGCUAAUAUUCUCCGCUUCCUAUUGCUGGUCUUGAUUCCAUGUAUCUGUGCACUCAUUGUCCUGCUGGUGAUCCUGCUUUCCUUUGUUGGAACAUUAAAAAAACCCUAUUUUAAAUCAAAUGGGAGUGAACCUUUGGUCACUGAUGGUGAAGUUCAAGUGUCUGAUAUUAUUCUUACAAAUACGAUCUGUAACAAGAGCACUGUGACAUCUACUACACAUCCCAAUCAACACAGUCCAGCCUGGACCACGGAUGCUUCUCUCCCAGGGGACCAGAAUCACAAGAACACAAGUGCCUGUAGGAACAUCACCCACAGCCAGUGUCAGAUGCUGCCCUACCAAACCACGCUAACACCUCUCUUCUCGAUUGUCAAAAACACGGAAGUGGAGAAGUUCCUCAAGUUCUUCAUGUACCUCCAUCGCCUCAGCUGCUACCAACAUAUCAUGCUUUUUGGCUGUAGCCUCGCCUUCCCCGAGUGCGUCGGUGAUGCUGAUGACAGCCGUGGACUCCUGCCCUGUAGGUCCUUCUGUGAGGCUGCCCAAGAGGGUUGCGAAUCAGUCCUGGGGAUGGUGAAUGCCUCCUGGCCUGACUUCCUCACCUGCUCCCAGUUUAGAAACCAAACCGAAAGCAGCAAUGUCAGCAGGAUUUGCUUCUCACCACAACAGGAAAAAGGCAAGGAAUAUUGCAGUGAGAAUAUGUUCCACUGUCACACGGGCAAGUGCCUUAAUUACAGCCUUGUGUGUGAUGGAUACGAUGACUGCGGGGACCUGAGUGAUGAGCAGAACUGUGAUUGCAAUCCCACAAAGGAGCAUCGCUGUGGAGAUGGGCGCUGCAUCACGAUAGAGUGGGUGUGUGAUGGUGACCAUGACUGUGUGGAUAAGUCUGAUGAGGUCAAUUGCUCCUGCCACAGCCAAGGUCUGGCCGAGUGCCGGAGUGGACAGUGUAUCCCCAGCACCUUCCAGUGUGACGGGGACGAGGACUGCAGGGACGGCACUGACGAGGAGAAUUGCAGCCAGAGUCAGACUCCAUGUCAAGAAGGCGACCAAAGAUGCCUCUACAAUUCCUGCCUUGAUUCAUGUGGUGGUAACUCCCUGUGUGACCCGAACCACAGUCUGAAUAACUGUAGUAAGUACAGCAGCUGA